CGAUUACGGCGAUUACCGUAUUGGAGCAUGACAAGACCAUCGACGGACGAGCGCGCGGUGGUAAUAGCCAAGUCACUGGCGUUUGGAGACUCCCCCACGCCUGCACGAUCUGCACCAACUGCAGGGCCCCAUAGGCAGCGGAUUCGGCACGCCAAAGUUUGUCGAGGCAGAGUGGCAUUCUCAGCGCCUGAUCCCGAGGCCAUUUCUCUGUCAAGCAAUCAUGCUCCCCCCAGUCGACAACGUCGGCCCAGACCCAAGUCCCCCCGAGUGGAGUCUUCGCUAAUCUCCCUCCUGGAGACGACCUCGGCGCCGCAGGAGCGACCUCAUCCUAUUCAUGUCACGAUCGUAGACAACAUUCGAGCUAGAAAGCGUACAUCUGGGCUGCGAACGGCGCAAGCGGUCACCGCACAAAAUGGUCUGUUGCCCGGCGACGAAGGAGCGUCAACCGGCGACCUAACAUGCCGUGACCCACUCGAAGACAGCUUGAGCCCCCAUGUUGAAGACACCCUGGCUCCUCUAGUGUCCCCGAACAACUCGAUUUUCUAUUCGCAAACCCAGCGGGCGACUUGGAGUGGCCAACCAAGUCCUGGAUGCCGACGAAGUAGACAGCCCAGCACGACAACUCCCAUGGACGUGUCCGACGCGGCGCUGUCGAGUUACUCGGGGGACGUUUCCGCACAUCACGUAGUUGCUGAAAUCGACACGAUCAAGGCAAUCUUGAUUCGCGAGCAGUUGCUGGAGCGCAUCGGUCGCGCCGCGGUCGUAAUCGAUCGAAGUGUGCUGGAGCUUCACGGACUCACAAAGCUACAUCGGAGGAGGAGCUCGGGUAAUACGACUAGUCGAAAUGAAGACAACAACGACGGAGAUGAGAGACCGUCGGCAAGCCAGAAGAAGGAGGCGGAAGGUCUCAUCGCGACGUUGGAGAAUCGAAUCGCGGCGGCAACGAAGGACGUGCUGGAACUGGCACCCGACCUUCGGAUGGCUACAGUCAAAGUCACGGACGCCAUCGAACACUGGCGCCACGCCAUCGACGACGAUCUUACCCGGACGAAUCGCCCCCACCACGUUCGGGAAUUCGUCUUUCAACGGGCAAAUUACCUCGAGAAAAUGAGCCACGACAUGCGAACCGCCUACGACGGAGUCGCCCUCUCGGCAAUAUUCAACGGUCCCCCGCACCCGUUCCUCCUGCCCCACGAUCAAGUCGAAAACCUCCAUGCAUCUUUGGGGCUUCCCCGACUGCCCUCCCACGGCGCAUCCACGGCCCAUUCGACGACGUUUCUCACAACAUCGGCGUUGGUUGCUGAUCGACUCACGGACCUCGUGACGACCGUCCUGCACAAACGCCUGCCGUCUAUCCAACAAAACAACCGCGCGGUCAUUGCGUCGACCUUGACCGCAGACAUCCGCCGCGCGACCAAAGCCAUCUUCCACGAACACGAUCGUGUACACUCGCCACCGUGCAUCGAGCCCCCCGCAUACGACCCGUUCGACAUGAUUCGUCAAUACCCCACGGUGGCUGAUGCGUUUGAAUCCAUGUGCCGGGUCGCGCAAGACACUCUCGACGAAAAUCGAGAAACGCUGCGGCGUCGACAGCAAGAUACGACGCGUGCUCGAGCCCAAGUCUUUCGCAGCGCUCCCACGCCAUUGAUCAUGAAUACAGCAGUGGUCGAUACGCUGGUGGCGACGAAACGAGCGGCGGAAACUCCGUCGAUUGUCGCAUCGAAACCAACGAGUUCGACAAGGUCCAAGAAUCGUCUGGCAGGACAAGUACUUACACGAAAGAAAUUCAGCCGAAGCGGAAACGAUCCAGUUCUGCGCAGCGUGAUGAAGAUUCAGGCGCAGUUCCGGCGCCGCAAAUCUCGACUCGAGAUCCUGGUGUCGCUGAAAACGUUGUCCCGUCAACUGCAUCAAGCUGCAACCAACAUCCAACGCAUCUACCGUGGCCACCGUGCCAAAGCGAUCGUCGGUCAAGUCCAGCUGUCUGUCUGGGCGGAAGCGCGGAGCAUGGACUUCAACGCACGGCGGCUGCAACGGUGGGCUCGCAAACGUUGGUCGGAGCGAAUGCAAGCGACCAAGAGGCAAGUGGCCGCGACGAUUGUCGAGAAGCCGAUCGCACCCAAGGGACCUAGCCAGACUGAACUGUAUCGCGAAGCUGGUCGGCAGCGGCGCAUGGAACGCGACCGGGCAGCUGCAGAAAGGCGUGUUCAAGCUGCGCUCUUGCUAGAGAAGCAGCGCCUCGGGUGCAGCGUGAUUCAAGGGGCGUUCCGCCAGUACAACAAGCGAAAGACCAUACGUAUGCUGCAGGUCGCACGGCGCGCUGCCCGAGAGUUUAACGCGGCGACGCACAUUCAGGCCUUCAUCCGGUGCACCCUCGCGAAAAUGUAUGCGCGGCAGCUACGUGAACGGCGGCAGCUGGACACGGUCCACUACAGCUCGACACUCAUCCAAGCGACAUAUCGUGGACACCGCGUUCGUCAGAGGAUGUCGUUGGCAGCGGCACUAGCGGCUUCCAAGCAUGCAGGAUCCCCGACAAAAACGAAGCUGCCCGCGGUCGGUCUCAAGCCAGCAGUGCUCAAGCCACAACCCACUCGUCCGACUCGUCGACAGAGCACAGUGACAGUCCCGAAGCCCCUACAAAGCCCACGCGAUCGCCUCCCCAGCCUUGUUCAGCCUGGUCCGAGGAGGCGCAAGUCGGGAGUGUCGUGGGAGGAGCUCAAGCUCAAGGAACCUCGCAUUGGCGACCAGUUGUAGAACGAAUGGAUGUGACAAAGCAUGCCAAGUUCUAAUCUCCUCCUGACUCUGAGCAUCACGGCAAUGCGAAGCGUUUUUCAG